ACUUGGUCGGGUUUUGAUAUCGCUAAGCACCUGCGAGCAGACUUUUCUGAAGUGCUCAAGAUUGUCGCUCAGAUGAGUGAUUGGGACGACGAUGAUAAGCCCAACAGCACUAAUAAAACAUGGGGUGACGAGGAAGAAGUUCCUGAUUCAUGGGAUGUAGAUGAGAAGCCAGUUUGUAGCAAGCCCAAGCAAGCUCCCCCACCUAAAAUGACCGCGAAGGAGAAAAUGGCAAUUAAAGCUGAAAAGAAGAACAAGGUGAUUGCGCAGUUGCAAAAGAAACAAGAGGAUGAAGCUAGGCCACUUACCGAACUAGAACGUGAAGAGCUAAGCAAGGAGCAGGAGUGUAACCUUAUCAUGGAUUCUUUUGGUGUUUCAGACGCUGCACCAUUGCAGGUCUCUGAGCUAGAUUUUAAUAAGGUGUCAACUAAGCAGGACUUCAUUGAUUUAUCAGUCAAGCUGGUUGAGAAGUUUAAGAAGCUCGAGAGUAAAACCAAAAAGAAGGGGCCGAAAACGAAGCUUGUUGUGGAGCGGAGUAUGAACGACUACGAUUAUGACGAUGAAGAAGGUGAUGACUAUGACGACUUUCUUUGA